AUGGCGGCCCCCAGGUUAGCGCACAUGGCCGAGAUGGCGCCCCCCCGUGCUAUCAAGACUAAUCAGGAUCUGCUCCCAGAAACCCCAUGGACACACAUUUUCUACAAUGAUUUCUGGGGGACUCUUCUAACUCACAGCGGUAGCCACAAGUCCUACCGGCCGCUCUGCACCCUUUCUUUUCGACUGAACCAUGCCAUCGGGGGACUGAAUCCCUGGAGCUACCAUCUUGUCAAUGUCCUGUUGCACGCGGCUGUCACUGGGCUCUUCACACGCUUCUCCAAGAUCCUCCUCGGGGACGGAUAUUGGACUUUCAUGGCCGGCUUGAUGUUCGCUUCUCACCCCAUUCAUACAGAGGCAGUAGCGGGCAUCGUGGGGCGUGCAGAUGUGGGCGCCAGUCUCUUUUUUCUCCUUUCCUUGCUCUGCUACGUUAAACACUGUUCUACAAGAGGCUACUCGGCCAGAACUUGGGGCUGGUUCCUAGGGACCGGACUAUGUGCAGGAUGCAGUAUGUUGUGGAAGGAACAAGGAGUGACUGUCCUGGCAGUUUCAGCCGUUUAUGAUGUCUUUGUCUUCCACAGGCUGAAAAUGAAGCAGAUCUUACCUACCAUUUACAAAAGGAAGAACUUGUCUCUCUUUCUCAGCAUUAGCUUGUUAACGUUCUGGGGGACCAGCCUUUUGGGUGCCCGGUUAUACUGGAUGGGAAACAAACCACCAAGUUUUUCCAACUCGGACAACCCUGCAGCUGACUCUGACAGCCUGUUGGCUCGCACAUUCACCUUCUUCUACUUGCCUACCAAGAACCUCUGGCUAUUGCUCUGCCCAGACACCCUGAGCUUUGAUUGGUCCAUGGAUGCUGUGCCUCUUCUCAAAACGGUUUGGGAUUGGAGAAAUCUUCACACUGUGGCCUUUUAUUCUGGACUUCUCCUCCUUGCCUACUGUGGUUUGAAGAAUCCAAGCUUGGAAGGAGAGUGCAAUGGGAAAGCUGUGACAAAUGGCAAACAGAAUGCAAAUGGCCAUAGCUGCCACGCAGACAUAGAGUACCGGAACUCAGAAAUUAAGCCCAGCUUUGCAUCCAAAGUAGAGAAUGGCAUUAAAAAUAAUGUAUCACAAAGAACUCAGCUCCCUUCCACUGAGAACAUUGUUAUUCUAUCCUUAUCUUUGUUGAUAAUACCUUUUAUCCCUGCCACGAACCUGUUUUUCUAUGUUGGCUUUGUAAUUGCAGAGCGAGUAUUAUAUAUUCCCAGUAUGGGCUUUUGCCUUCUGAUCACAGUGGGUGCCCGAGCCCUUUAUGUCAAAGUCCAAAGGAGAUUUCUCAAGAGCCUGGUUUUUUAUGCUACAGCAACGUUAAUUGUCUUCUAUGGACUCAAGACUGCCAUCAGGAACGGAGACUGGCAGAAUGAGGAGAUGCUGUAUAGGUCAGGGAUAAAAGUAAACCCAGCCAAAGCAUGGGGCAACCUUGGAAAUGUGCUGAAGAGUCAGAGUAAGAUUGCAGAAGCUGAAAGCGCCUAUAGAAACGCUUUGUACUACCGCAGCAACAUGGCUGACAUGCUGUAUAAUUUAGGGUUGCUGCUCCAGGAGAACAGCAGGUUUACUGAAGCAUUGAAUUAUUAUAAACUGGCCAUCGGGAGCAGGCCGACCCUGGCUUCUGCAUAUUUAAAUACGGGCAUUAUUCUGAUGAACCAAGGGAAGACAGAAGAAGCCCGACGGACAUUCUUGAAGUGUUCUGAGAUUCCAGAUGAAAACCUGAAGGACCCUCAUGCACAUAAGAGCUCUGUAACCAGCUGUCUCUACAACCUGGGGAAACUCUAUCAUGAGCAAGGACAUUAUGAAGAAGCCCUGAGUGUAUAUAAGGAAGCAAUUCAGAAAAUGCCAAGGCAGUUUGCCCCCCAGAGCUUAUAUAACAUGAUGGGUGAAGCAUACAUGCGGCUAAGUAAACUUCCAGAAGCUGAACAUUGGUACAUGGAAUCAUUGAGAUCCAAGACUGACCACAUCCCUGCUCACCUCACCUAUGGGAAACUCCUCGCCUUAACAGGUCGUAAGAGUGAGGCUGAAAAGUUCUUCUUGAAGGCCAUUGAGCUGGAUCCCACCAAAGGAAACUGUUACAUGCACUAUGGUCAGUUUCUUCUGGAAGAAUCUCGCCUCACAGAAGCAGCCGAGAUGGCCAAAAAGGCAGCUGAACUCGACAGCACCGAGUUUGAUGUUGUCUUCAAUGCUGCCCACAUGCUCAGACAAGCUAGCCUCAAUGAAGCAGCAGAGAAGUAUUACGACCUGGCAGCCAGACUGAGACCUAAUUAUCCGGCUGCCCUCAUGAACCUAGGAGCCAUUCUGCAUCUCAAUGGCAGGCUCCAGAAGGCUGAGGCCAACUACUUAAGGGCUCUGCAACUCAAGCCUGAUGAUGCCAUUACUCAGUCGAAUCUCCGAAAGCUGUGGAACAUCAUGGAAAAGCAAGGCUUGAAGACCUCCAAGACCUGACCCAAGAAGACUAAUCUUCUCCCAUGCUUGUCAAAGCUGGCUUCAUUAACAGAACUUCCCAGCAAUGCUGUGAUAAAAGUUCAAUGCAUACUUCAAGCCCAGGACAGAGGUCGUCAUGGUUACUGCCACUGCUGGGAGAAUCAAUACACUUUGCUGUGGGCACAGCUCUUAACACCAAAAAAGGGAACAUUGAAAACCUCCUGGAGGGUGUAAUUGUUACCCGUAGACUGUAAAUGGGAUUACUUAAUGGGACUUUUGGCAUUCUUAGAAGGGAGGGGAAAUCUCAGUUGCAGAGGUUGUUCGCUUUUGAAAGAGAAUUUUGAAAUUAUAUUGUUCCUUAAACACUGUGAGAGGAAGUCAGAGAGCCCAUCCAGCCACAGUGAACUCUUAAGGUUAAGUGUGAAUGGAGGUGAGUAAGCAUAGUGUGAAUCCCAGUGGGCCACCGGUUGUCCUUACGCUGCUGUCUUCCCUCUCUGGGACAGCCUGCUUAGUGAUUUCUGAAGCUUAUCAAAUUUCAGUUUUCACAUUGUGUCAGGAUCUGUUGGAAUCUGCAGUUGUUCCUUGAUUCAUUCACAUAAAUAUUUAUGGUUUGACUGUCCUAGGCUUCCUUCCCAGUGUUGAACAUUUGUCUGUCAUGUCUCAGAAAGAACAUGGAGAGAAGAGCUAAGCAUUCAUGCAGGUGGUAUGAGUAUUCGAGGCCUAGG